AUUUCCCAGAAGUCUGUGCGCUGACCUGUCAACUAAAAUGUCAUCCUCCUGAGGGCUCAUGGUUAAUAAGGAUUAGUUAUAUCUAUCUCGUUUUCUCUUUUUUUAAAUAUCCGUCUGGACCAAAUACUGAAUGCCCGCUCGUGUUUUUUAUGAUUUUUGCUUUUUAAACGUCAAACUGUUACAAAAGUGCAGCGCUGCUAGCUAGCAUUUAGCUACAUGUUUACGUUGUGAGGCUAAAACGCUGAAAGACAUGACGCUUUCUCUGGCUAAACGGUUCUGUGAAAUGCCGCCACUAUUGAAACGUGUGUUGCAGUUUAAAAUGUGCAGAAGGAAAACCCAAAGCUACGCAGUGUUCCGACACCGCUGGAUGAAAGGUCUCCCUGUGUUAGCGAGCAGCUUCAGGAUGAUCAACACACAACCUGACAAGGAAGCCGUUGACCUGUCCAAGUUCCCCGUGGACAGAAUCAGGAAUUUCUGCAUCGUGGCUCAUAUUGACCACGGGAAAAGCACCUUGGCUGACAGGCUGCUGGAAAUGACAGGUGCGAUUGCAAAAACUGAGAAGAACAAGCAGGUUCUGGACAAGCUUCAGGUGGAGCGGGAGAGAGGGAUCACUGUGAAGGCCCAGACGGCGUCGCUGUUUUACCACCAUAAGGGACAGCAGUACCUCCUGAACCUCAUCGACACGCCGGGUCACGUUGACUUCAGUUAUGAGGUGUCUCGCUCACUUUCUGCAUGUCAGGGCGUCCUGCUGAUUGUUGAUGCCAAUCAGGGGAUUCAGGCUCAAACCGUUGCCAACUUUUACCUGGCAUUUGAAGCUCAGCUGGCCAUCAUACCUGUGAUAAAUAAGAUUGAUUUAAAAAACGCCGAUCCAGAUCGAGUGGAGUCACAGAUAGAAAAAGUACUUGAUAUUCCAAAGGAAGAAUGCAUCAGGAUUUCAGCAAAACUGGGAAUGAAUGUUGAAAAGGUUCUCCAGGCGGUCGUGGAAAGGAUCCCACCACCCACAGGGAGCAUCGAUGAGCCGUUUAAGGCUUUAGUGUUUGACUCCAACUUUGACCACUACAGAGGAGUGGUGGCAAACAUCGCUGUGGUUGGAGGGCGAGUCAACAAAGGGGACAAGAUCGUGUCGGCGCAUCUCGGCAAAACCUACGAGGUCAACGAGCUGGGUCUUCUGAGACCAGAUGAGCACCCGACACAGAAACUGUUUGCCGGCCAGGUGGGAUACAUGGUAGCAGGGAUGAAGGAUGUGAAAGAGGCCCAGAUCGGAGACACACUCCACCUCCAGAAUCAGCCAGUUGAAGCCCUUCCAGGCUUCAAACCUGCAAAGGCCAUGGUGUUUGCUGGCAUGUAUCCAGUGGACCAGUCAGAAUACCCCGCCCUCCGCAGUGCCAUGGAGAGGCUGACCCUGAAUGACUCAAGUGUGACGGUGCAGAAGGACAGCAGUCUGGCCCUGGGAGCUGGCUGGAGGCUUGGAUUUCUGGGUCUUCUCCACAUGGAGGUGUUCAAUCAGAGGCUGGAGCAGGAGUACAAUGCCUCCGUCAUCAUAACUGCCCCCACCGUUCCCUACAAGGCCGUCCUCUCCUCGGCCAGACUCAUCAAAGAGCAUGGCAGUGAGGAGAUAACCAUCGUGAACCCGGCUCACUUUCCGGACAGGUCGGUGGUGGCGGAGUAUCUGGAGCCCAUGGUGCUGGGAACCAUUCUGGCUCCGGACGCGUACACGGGCAAGAUCAUGAGCCUCUGCUUGAAUCGCAGGGCGGUCCAGAAGAACAUGGUGUACAUCGAUGACCAGCGUGUCAUGAUGAAAUAUCUCUUCCCUCUAAAUGAAAUAGUCGUGGAUUUCUACGAUCUUCUCAAAUCUCUCUCAUCUGGAUACGCCAGCUUUGACUAUGAGAACGCUGGCUACCAGGCUGCUGAUCUAAUAAAGAUGGACAUUCUGCUGAAUGGGCAACCAGUGGAAGAGCUCACCACCAUCAUUCACAGGACACGUUCAUACAGUUCCGGCAAAGCCAUGUGUGAGCGACUGAAGGAGUCCAUUCCCAGACAGAUGUUUGAGAUUGCCGUACAGGCGGCCAUUGGAAGUAAGGUCAUAGCGAGAGAAACAAUAAAACCGUACAGGAAAAACGUUCUGGCUAAAUGUUACGGCGGAGACAUCACACGGAAGAUGAAGCUGCUGAAGAAACAGGCCGAAGGUAAAAAGAAGAUGAGACGCGUCGGCAACGUGGACGUCCCUAAAGACGCCUUUAUUAGCGUUCUGAAGAGGAAAGAGAAGUAGAAGGUUCAUGGUGUGUCGUUAACACAGAUCAAGAAAUAAAGUGAAUCAAACUCUC